CCUUUCAAGACAGGAGUCCACAGCGUGCGCAGUGCGCUUGUCUUGUUGAGCACAUACCUCGUAGGAAAAAAGCCGUGGAGUUUUGCCAAUAUAUAUCACCGUUCAGUUAGUCAGUUGCUUGUUGUCUAGAUUCCUAGAUAUGUCUACUACUUGAUGUGCGAUACAAUAAAAUGGCUUGAUACCUAGGACAUGUGGUGAUAAAAAAAAAAUGCUGCAACUUGAAUAUAGGGUAUUAUUUAAUGUUAACUUGAAAAUGCUAAUGCGCUGCUGAGAACCUUGACAAAAAGGGUUAUCAUCGGGAAGUAUAACGAAUGCGUCUGUUACAGAUCAAGAAUUUGUGAGGCCCGGAGGGGAACGAUACCAAUGGAUAAUGCAAGUCAAGUAUACAUAACUCCAAUGGAGGACUGUGCAAAUUCUUCUAGACUUGCUGGUGAAUUCUCAAACUGCUACAACACCUUUCCAGACCUGGAGGACAGCACCAAGCUGGUGGGAGUGCAAGUGAUCCUCAUCCUGGCUUACAGCACCAUCAUACUGUUCGGAGUCAUCGGAAACUCCCUGGUGAUAUACGUGGUGUACAAGUUCAAAACUCUGCACACCGUCACCAAUUUUUUCAUCGUGAACCUGGCUGUGGCCGAUCUGCUGGUGAAUACUCUAUGUCUGCCAUUUACUUUGAUCAACACUCUCCAUGGAGAGUGGAGGUUUGGCCAGGUGUUGUGCUUCAUGCUGCCCUUCUCCCAAGGCAUGUCCGUGCACGUUUCCACCAUCACGCUCAACAUCAUCGCCCUGGACCGCCACCGGAGCAUUGUCUACCACCUGGAGACCAAGAUGUCCAAGGAAAUGUGUGCCGCCGUCAUCGUCAUGACGUGGGCCAUAAGCGCGGUCCUGGCCAGCCCGCUCGCCGUCUUCCGGGAGUACGGGACGUUUGACCUUUCGCCCGAGCAGUCCAUUCAGGUUUGCACGGAAAAGUGGCCAGGGAGCGGCAUGGACGGGACCAUCUAUAGUAUCUCCAUGCUCCUGCUCCAGUACUGCCUGCCGCUGGCCAUCAACUCCUUCGCCUACAUCCGAAUCUGGAGUAAGCUGAAGAACCACGUGAGUCCGACAGGGAGGAACAACCGCCACCAGCGCAAGAGGAAGACCACUAAGAUGCUGGUGAUCGUGGUGGUGGUGUUUGCAGUGAGCUGGCUGCCUCUCCACGCCUUCCAGCUGGCCAUUGACAUUGACAACAGUGUCUUGGACAUGAAAGACUUCAAGCUGCUUUUCACCAUGUUCCACAUCGUGGCCAUGUGCUCGACCUUUGUCAACCCCAUCCUCUAUGGGUGGAUGAACAACAACUACCGGACUGCGUUUCUGUCCGUGUGUAAGUGCAGCCAACCUGUCAAUUCUGGGUCGAGGAGCAUCAUGAGCAGAAAGACACUGAGGGAAAAGGACAUGAGCGAUACAGAUUUCCAAGCGACUAAAGUCUGAAUUCAUAAUAUCAACUGAAAUGUGAAAUUGCUGUUCUGUGCAACCUACUGUAAGGGUGAAUUAUGGGUAAAACAUUCUGCUUUUAAAUUAUUGUCGAAAGGUUCAGUGAAGAACCAAGUGUGUUCAAAAUGUGUAAAUGAUUUCAUGCAAGUGCCAAAUGCAUUGCUGAAUUGUGCCAUUGAUAAUCAAGAGCUUAUGAAACUGCUGUUUAAAACUUGCUGCUUCUUCCAUCUGGCUACUUAGGCCACAUGCAAAUGUUGAUGUUUAAAUGUUGAUCGUGGGACAAAAAAAUGUUGACAUUUGCCUUGGUGAACGCUACCAUAGUAAACCAUGUGGAUCAUACUUUUUUCUUUAGAAAUGGAUUCCGAGGCCUUGUUUUGAUAGAUGUGCUUUAAUUAAAAGCUGAGGUGGAAAACACAUUAGUUCAGAACGCAGGUUGUAAUUUAUUGACACCUAAUAGCUGCAAAUUCAGCAUGUAAUGAUAGAAACUGACUCAUCCAUUUAAUCAAGCUGCGUGUCAGUGCUGACAUUUCCAAAUUCAAAUCAAAUCACAUUGUAUUUGUCACAUGUGCCGAAUACAACAGGUUUCACCUUACUGUGAAAUGCUUACUUUACAAGCCCUUAACCAACAAUGCAGUUCUAGAAAUAGAGUUAGAAAAUAUUCACUAAAUAAACUAAAAGUAAAAAAAUUAAAAAUAAUAUUACAUAACAAUAGCAGUGUAAAAACAAGGGGGGG